UCGCGUCUGCGCACUACCGCCCGCCCGCUACCGGGGCCUGACGUCACGGGGCGGGCGCCGCUCCAUCCGGGCCUCCGGGCACCGCCCCUUGGGUGACGUCACAAUCGCGGACGUCUCCUCCGUGACGCAGUCAAACCCGGUCCGUCGCAUUGUGACGUCACAGAGCUUGGGGCCCCGCCCUCCCGUUUUCUCCGUGGGCACCUCCCUCCGCUCCCCCCCAAGGGGCGGGGCGUUGCGAUGAAACCGGGGCAUGAGCCUAAGCCGGCCCCUGGUGGAGCAGGUGAGGCGGGACCAGGUGGGAUGGCAGAACGCCCCCUGGUUCCAGCCCGUCCCACGCGCCGGCCGGGACGGCUCCAGCGCCAUCUCCUGAGCGGCGAGUUCGACCAGCUGCGGGAUUUACCCACCUUUGAGAGCAACUUCGUGCAGGUGACCCGGUUAGGAGAAGUUGCCAACAAGGUCACCAUGGGGGUGGCAGCCUCCAGUCCAGCCCUGGAACUCCCAGACCUGUUGCUUCUGGCGGGCCCUGCCAAGGAGAACGGAUGCCUGCAGCUCUUCGGGCUGUUCCCCUUGCAGUUCGUCCAGCUCUUCGUCCACGACGAAAGCCGCUGGCAACUCAAGGUCAAGUUCCGCACCGGCCGCGCCUUCUACCUGCAGCUGCGGGCCCCGCCGGAGACCCGCGACCGCGAGUUCGGCCAGUGGGUGCGGCUGCUCUACCGCCUGCGCUUCCAUUCGGCCCAGGGAGCCGUACCCUUCACGCAGGAGUACUAGGCGCUGGAGGACAACGGGGAGGAAGACGAGGACGAGGAUCUGACCGAGCAGGAGGAAGUGGGCGGAGGAGCUCCUUUGGAAAACCUCAGACUCCCGCCCAGGCCGGGUCAGGCGCCCUCGCUGUGCUGCCUUCCCUCCCCCACGUGUCACCCCGAAACAUCCUGCCGGGGUGUGAAUCGGCCCGGGUCUGCCUAGGCUCUGGCCUCAGCCCUGCUCGGCACCGGCCUCCCGUUAGCUUGGUAAGGGGAGUGGGUGAGGGUCGGGCGGGCGGAGCG